AUAAACCAUGGCCUCCUCUAUCACCACUGCAAAUGGAGUUGUGAUAGUGACACAGGUGUUCCCCGUGGGGGAGACUGGCAAGGCUUCAGUGCCACUUCUGAAUGUCACUCCCCAAAUCCAGAGUGCGCCCCCUGCUAUGCCACUGCCGACCACUAAAGUGUCAGAGAUGACAAGGGUGUUCCUGCAGGUUCAGCCACAUUGGAUUGGUGUGCAUGGUGGUGAGCCUGUCUGCUCUUCUGUCCCCUACCCUGUAUGACCAGGUCCCACUCUUCAUGGGAGUUGAUUUUGUCCUCUCUGGAUCUCUCACUGUGGCUGCCCGGAAAGGAACAGGUUUGAGUCUGAUUAAAGGGACUCUGGCUGUGAAUGUUUUCAGUGUUCUUGUGGCCCUGGCUGGGGUUGCAUAUAUUUGCAUGCUGCUGACUGUAAAACAAGAAGAUGGUUUCUGCACCCCAACUGAUGGAAACUAUACUUCAGAUUCCGACCAGAACAGGAUACAAGAAUGCACAAGAAUGGUUAGGACAAUAGAUAAAGUCUUGAAUGGGAUAAAGGGCCUAUUGCUGGUCCUGACAGUGAUGGAGCUCUGUGUGGCUCUCACUGUCUGCGUCUUCUCUGGGAAAGCCAUUCACCUCCGUGGGUACUACAGCCUGAGCUAUGGCCGUGGCCGGGGGAUGUAAGGGUCCAGUGAAGGAGACAGAGGAAGAGGCUUGCCCACCUUGCAGUUGUCACAACAGGUGCCAUCGGAGGAACACUGGGCCCCAGGAACUUUCCGAAUGCACUGUAUGUCCAAGCAUACACCAUACAAACAGGACAAAUACCCCUGCAAAGAGGAUCACCACUUCUCCAAUUUCUACGGAGACACUGUGCUCCUGAUCAACCGUAUGCUGGGCAUUCUGAUUGGUUUCUUGGUGCUGGAGAUGCUGAUCAGUGUGGUGGUUAUUCUGUGCACCAUUGGUACUGACAGCCCAGAGAGCAUAACAGGUCAUUUUACAGAGACUCUUAAUGAUGAGGUGGAGGUGAAGUGUUCUUUGGAGAACAAUCGCUUUAUACUGUGUGACUGCGAGAAGGGGAGAGGAAUUCCCCUAAAGAGGGCAUCCUUUUGCCCCUUCAAGUAUCUGUCUGUCGCAGAGGCAGCUGCAAUCCCAUUGGACGUUCAGAGCCGCGGAGUGGACGUGGGGGUUGCUAUUCUUCUGCAGUCAGCCAAUCAGAAGGUGUUGUUAACUCGACGGUCAUCCAGUCUUCGCAUUUUCCCCAAUGUGUGGGUUCCACCAGGUGGCCAUGUGGAACUGGAUGAGAGGCUCCUGGAUGCGGGGCUGAGGAAGCUGAGGGAGGAGACAGGACUGAAGCUGGACCCUGGAGACGUCUCAGCUCAGCUGCUGGGGCUCUGGGAGUCAGUUUUCCCGCCCAUGCUGAGCAGAGGGAUGCCACAGAGGCACCAUGUGGUCACCUACAUGCUCCUAAACACCUCCCUCACACACCAGCAGCUCCAGGCCUCUCUGCACCCCGAACCCGCUGAGGUCAGUGGUUGUCUGUGGGUGGAUGCCUCGCUGGUCAAGGCCAUCGUGUCCGCCGUGGACGGAGAGGAGGGUUCUGGAACACCGCAGGAGGGCCUGGCUCCAACCAUAAGUGUAUUGGAGGUCUCUCCGGAAGGUGGGCUCAGUGAGUCAGUUCUGCCAUUGUCUGUUUUGUGUAACCGGGCCCCGGCUAGCGGAGAGGAUGUGGAGCGGGUCAGCACUGGUACCAAAUACGCCCUGGAGCUCUGGCUUAAGAACUUGGAGGGACAGGGGACCCGGUGUUAACUGUCUUCACUAAACCCGGAUGUCUAGCCCUGUGAUGAAGUGACUUCCUGGAGGAUGACAUCGCUUCCUGGAGUUUGCCUUAACCGGUGAAGGUCACCUAAAGUGAACUAUCAUCUUUAAAAAAAAUAUUGUACGGAUUAACCAAUAAUGAACUUUGGGUGAACUAUCCCUUUAAUAUGAACAGCAACACCUACAAGUCUUAUAUGGCUGUUUGAGGGCUUUGCAUGAGCUAUCAAUUGUGUUGUGUGUAAAAACAGUUUUUAUUGCAAGGAUGUUGUUAGUGAUGAAAUAUGAUGAAACAAAGUGGAUUUACACUGCAGAUGCUUUUAUGAUCGUUAUAUUCCAUUUGCGCCUUCAAGCCACAAGAUGGCAAUGCAUAGCCUACACAGUGAUUUCACAUUUUGAAACGAGCGCAAAACAAUCAGAAUUCUGAAGUUUACAUAAUUAUCUUGACUUGUAAAUAAGAAUGUGUUCUUAACUGACUCUCCUAGUUAAAUAAAGGUUAAAUAAAAUCAAAA